CGGUCCGUGAAGGCGUCCACGAACCGAGGAGCUCCUCCCCGAUAACAGUUCCCGACCUCCGACGAGAAUUCAAGCUGCCACAUUGAAGAGGAACAAAAAGGCGACCUGGCAGCGGUUUCUACACUCCCUCCACUUUCUCCGGUGUAGUCACGGGAUUUCAAUGUUCAGCCUGCUCUUCGGUUUCUGUGUUGACUUGAGCCACACCUAUAUGGCGUGUUUGAGCGGAGAAUUUUGCCAGGCACAGCACCUCACCUCCGUGGAGAAGUGAAUCGGCCGCCCCCCGAGGGACUACGCUACCCAGAAACCCCCCUGACUGCCAGCACGCUAGGAACUGCUGACUCCUCCAAAGGCCCCCUGGGAUAUUGCGUAGUCCUUGGCCCGACUGCCCUGCCCUGUCCCAACCAAUACGAAAAACCUUUGCUUUCCACUUUCUCCUCGAACAGCCAAUCACAAACAGCUCUCCUGAAUGGGCCGUCUCGCCAACAUGAACCGCCCCGCUGCAGUCGAGAUUGCCUACGAGUGCAUGAGGUUCCUCAUCACCCACAACCCCACCAACGCCACGCUCAACAAGUUCACCGAGGAGCUGAAGAGGUUUCACGUGAACACACUGGUGAGAGUGUGUGAUGCUACCUAUGAUAAGGCUCCAGUAGAGAAGGAAGGGAUACAGGUUGUGGACUGGCCCUUCGAUGAUGGUGCCCCUCCUCCCACCCAGAUUGUGGACGAGUGGCUCAAGCUGCUCAACACCAAGUUUCGAGAGGAGCCUGGCUGCUGCAUCGCUGUGCACUGUGUUGCAGGGCUUGGCCGAGCUCCAGUCUUGGUGGCCUUAGCCCUCAUUGAGAGUGGGAUGAAGUACGAGGAUGCUGUGCAGUUCAUAAGGCAGAAGAGACGUGGAGCCUUCAACUCCAAACAGCUUCUUUACCUCGAGAAAUACAGACCCAAAAUGCGUCUGCGGUUCAAGGAUACCAACGGCCACAACUGCUGUGUGCAGUAGGCUGCCUGUCAAUGCAUCUUUCUUAUGCGCAUCUAGUGGGGAAUCUUCCAACAUGGGGAGAUAAAAAAAAAAAAAAAAAAAAAAUGAAGAGAGUGCUAUCAGUAAUUAUUGUGAUGAUUUGUUAACACUGAGUCAUGGUUAAUUGAUCAGAGAGCAAGCAAGUGAUCGAAUGAAUGAAUCCAGAUCUGGGGAUCCACCAGCUGAACCAAUGAAUGGAAGGUCAAAGCACACAGAUAGGCCCGCCUCCCGGUUAUACUGUUCAACCACGGGCCAGAAUUUUUUUUUUUUUGCAACUUGAGUCCAUCCUGUUCUUCUUUUACUUUUUUUUUUUUUUCGUUUCAGUUGUAAUCAUGGGAUAACAUUUUCCAUUUUGUGAACUUUUAUUUUUACACAAACAAUGGUGAUGAGAAGAUGAAAUGUUAAACGAUAUAUUGAUUUUUAUUUCCACUAAUUAUUGAUAUUAAGAUUAGGCCAGAAUGAUGUAUCUUUUUAAAAAACAAACAAACAAGAAGACAUUUUUAAACCUUGAACACACAUUGCGACUGUCCAGUUUGGUAUUGGGGUGUGUCCUUUUUUUUAUUUCUUUUAUUUUUUUGCACACAAAACUCAAAAAGUUCACCUGAAAAUGCAGUAAUGCUUUCCUUUUUACCCUUCACUUGCUUAAAGUCACUUUCAGUUUAGGGGUUCACUGAGUUUGAGUAUGUCUGCAAUAUUUAUUCACAAGAUAUGAUAUGUGUGGCAGUUAUGAGUUUGGCAGGGGCAAGGACACUUUGUUAUCCAAUAGUUUUGUUAUUUUCUUUUAUCCUUCAAGAGCCAUGUUUUUUUUUCUUUCUUCUAUUUUUUAUUUUUAUUAAAUCUUGUUGGAGUGCAAUAAUCAGUCCACCUCAGAUAAAAGCCCACCAAACCCUGCUGAGCAUCCUACACACACACAAACACACACACACAUAUACAUACAUACACACCUCAGACACUCAUCCAGGCAGUUAAACAGGAAAACAUUUAACAACUCUUACAACAGGUACUUCUCCUGCUUUCAUUCAUGAAAAUGGGCUACAAUAGGACUUCCCUGAAUAUGCAUAUUUAAACUCAUACACACAGAGCCUAAGAUCCAAUCUGAAAGACAACGUGGAGAAGAAUGAAAAUGGUCAGUUUUUUAUCAUUGUACCCAUUUUGAAAACAUCCCCAAUUCGUAUUGGUUCUUUAAAGAUAAAUAAAUUGAAAUAAAAAGCA